AUGCACUCCUCCACACAGGCGCCGGACGACAUGCACAACGCACACAAGGGGCUGGUGCUGUUUGUGAUCGGGUCGGGGUGGUCGCAGUUCUACUUCCACCACGUGCCUGACAAGGACGAGAUGUUUACCGCUGCGUUUGCGCCGUACGUGCUGCCUUUGCCCCGUACGUGCUGCCUUCGCCCGGUACGUGCUGCCUUUGCCCCGUACGUGCUGCCUUUGCCCCAUACGUGCUGCUUUCGCCCCGUACGUGCUGCCUUUGCCCCGUACGUGCUGCCUUUGCCCCGUACGUGCUGCCUUUGCCCCGUACGUGCUGCCUUUGCCCCUCUGGUAGUGGAGCUGGGGAUGCUGGGAGCAGUGCUGCAUCAGCAGCCAAUGGAGCCGAUGUCUUUCUAUGUGGGGCCUAACGGGCCGGGCAAUUUCAAAGAUUUGGAAGAAGACGAGCUGAUGGCGUUCUCCUUUGCAAUGGCGUUGAAGCAUUCAGAUGAGAUAGAGUGGCAGCUCUCAGUGCCCAUGGCCAAGUCCAUCGUGAGGGGAAUGGAUGCGCUGCAGCUCGCCUCCAGAGAGAUCUUUCCGCACCUCCCGGUGGAAGGCUUUGUGCUCAUGGGAGUGAGCAAGAGAGGACUCAUGGCAUGGCUGACGGCCGCUAUGGAUAAAAGGGUGGUGGGCAUAGUGGCGUACGGCUUUGACCUGCUGGACUUUGGGCGCAACUUCCAGCACCUGCACGACUCGCUGGGCGCGUGGCCGGUCAUCCUCAAGUUCUAUGCCAUCUUCAACGUCACCGAACAGCUGCAAUCGCCCCAGUUCCAGAGGCUCACUGAGGACACGGACCCAUACUACUACAGGGAGCGCCUCACCAUGCCCAAGCUGCUCGUCAGUGCCGCCAACGAUGAAGUGCUGGCUCUGGAUGACACAUCUAGCGUUCCGCGGCCAAUCCUUCCUCCCGCCGCCACGCCUCCAUCUGCCCGCCGACGCGUCCGACCUCCGCGCCGACGCGGACGACCAGCGCGGCGACGCGGACGACCUGCGACCGCCGCGGACGGCCAGCGCGCGACCCCCGACGACCAACGCGCUGCCGCGGACGGCCAGCGCGGCCUCGCCGACGGCCCGCGCGCUGACGCGGACGGCCAGCGCGGCCCCGACGACCCGCGCGCUGACGCGGACGGCCAGCGCGGCCCCGCCGACGACCCGCGCGCUGACGCGGACGGCCAGCGCGGCCCCGCCGACGACCCGCGCGCUGACGCGGACGGCCAGCGCGGCCCCGCCGACGACCCGCGCGCUGACGCGGACGGCCAGCGCGGCCCCGCCGACGACCCGUGCGCUGACGCGGACGGCCAGCGCGGCCCCGCCGACGACCCGCGCGCUGACGCGGACUGCCAGCGCGGCCCCGCCGACGAGCCGCGUGCUGACGCGGACAGCCAGCGCGCGGCCACGAAAGAACCGCGCGCCACCGCGGACGGCCAGCGCGCGGCCGUCGACGCCCCUGCGCCGACGUGGACGGCUGGCGCGCAGCCGCGGCUGAUCUGCCCGCCUGGUUAUACACUCCGCUCCGUCGUGUUCCAGGAGGAAGGCGGACUCCAGCCCAUCGCCCCUUCUGCCCCCACCGGACCUCCUCCUGAUGAGCCCGGACCUGAGCCCGAGUCCCCUGGUGAUCCUCCCUCCUUCGCACCGGAUGUCAACAAUCCUCAAAGCAUGGAAACUGCCAUCCGUGCCUACCGCAACACACUCAACGACCACCUUCGCCGUCAACUGCGCUAUGAGGACGACAAGCGCGCCUACGACGAGGCUGCUGCCCGUCACCGCGACUACCACGCCCAAGUCACCACGUACACUACACGCCUCGCUAGCUACACCUCCGACAUCGCUGCGUGGCGCAUUGCUGACCGUCGAGCUCUCGCCAUCCUCCUCGCCACUAUCCCCUCCUCCCUCAAGCGAGAACUCUCACCCACCUCCUCCUCCCACCUGUGGCAACUGCUUGUCGACCUCUUUGACCGGCAGGACAUCGCCACCCUCUAUGCCCUCAUCAAGGACUUUGGAUCCAUCACCAUGGAUUCCACUGCCGGCGCAGCCGCCUUUACUCGCCGCGUCCUUGACCUUGCUCGCCGCCUUGCAGCACUUGGUGUUACCUACCCUGACACCGUCAUCUGCUGCCACCUCCUCGAAGGCCUCACUCCUGCCUUCGAUGCCCACAAGCUGGCCUACAUGCAACUCCUCUCCAAACAUGACACUCCCGCUCAAGUUGCCCAGUGGAUUAUCACCACCGAGGCAGAAAUCCUUCGCCACUCCUCCUCCACUGCCGCGGUAGCACAGCAGCGCAGCGGCAAAGGCGGACGUGGAGGGGGGCGUGGAGUCUUCGCCUUUUCCUCCGCACCCUCCACCUUCAUCCCAACCACGUAUGAGGAGGCCAUGGCUUGUCCCGACGCCCCGCUCUGGCUCGCCGCCAUCAUCAAGGAGCUCGAGGCGUACAUCUGGCGGAACGACAUGCCCGAGCCAAAGCUGCUCUCCCCAACCGGCCCUUCUCCCCAACCUGCCAUUCUCCCCAACCUGUCAUUCUCCCCAACCUGUCAUUCUCCCCAACCUGUCAUUCUCCCCAACCUGCCAUUCUCCCCAACCUGUCAUUCUCCCCAACCUGUCAUUCUCCCCAACCUGCCAUUCUCCCCAACCUGCCAUUCUCCCCAACCUGUCAUUCUCCCCAACCUGCCAUUCUCCCCAACCUGCCAUUCUCCCCAACCUGCCUUUCUCCCCAACCUGCCCAUUCUCCCCAACCUGCCCAUUCUCCCCUGCCGCCUUUGUUCCCCCCACUCUCCCACCUCCUCCAUCCCUCCCCGGCAGGUACAUCUGGUGGAACGACAUGCCCGAGCCAAAGCUGCUCAAGAUAAUGGCCAACUCGGAGCACAUGCAGAUCCACGUGAACCAAUGGAUCCGCGUCAACCGCUGGGUGAGCACAUCCUCUCUCGCUUCCCCCUGGAGAGCCAACCUUUCCUUCCUUUCCCUCCUCUCCAACUCCUCCUGAGCACGUGUAGCGCCCCCCUCUCCACACCCCCUCUCCACCCCCCCUCUCCACCCCCCCUCUCCACCCUCCCUCUCCACCCCCCCUCUCCACCCCCCCUCUCCACCCCCCCUCUCCAUCCCCCCUCUCCACCCCCCCUCUCCACCCCCCCUCUCCACCCCCCCUCUCCACCCCCCCUCUCCAACCCCCCCUCUCCAACCCCCCUCUCCAACCCCCCUCUUCAAACCACACUCCAGGCCAACCAAGCAACCCUUUCAUUCCUCGCCUCUCUCCUGCACGUCAACUCCUCCUGCGCCUCGCUCCCCGCCUCCUCCCGCCCCUCCCUCACCUGGACGCGCCCCUCCAACGCCCCCCCUUCUCCCCGCCGCCGCAAGCGCUUCGACAAAACAGAGGGCACGGGGCUGUUUGCCCGGGAGGAAAGGGAAACGGCCGAAAGGGAGACGGCAGAGGCUCAGACAGGAGAAGGGGGGGUGGGAGGGUCAGAAGGUGACGGACUGACCAAUCAGGAGCAGCCACCGCAUCCCUGGGGCUGCAUACCGGAGCUGCCAGCUGUCGACUGGCCUAAGCUGAGGUGGCGGUUUGAUUGGUCCACGUUCACCAUUCAUGCCACGUCAGACAGGAAGCCGCUCGCGGUUAGAGCAUGGACUGGCCGCACAGCCAGCGAGCGCCGAGACUUCCGCUUCGUGCUGCAGCGAGGCUCCAAGGGAUGCACGGCGCCCAUGCCAACGGUGCCAGGCACGUAUGCAGGCAAGUUCGACCUGUGUGUGCAGGCCACGCCAUUCUUCCUGCACACCGUCUCGCCGCCCAAGCACCACUCUGAGGAUGGCUUGUGGCACUUCACCUCCACCAUCAGCGGCGUUCCCAAGGUGGGGUUUCGAGCAUUGUGGAUUGAAGCUGAUUUUGCGAUUCCACAAAGAAAAGCUCCUUUUGUGUUGACAACCGAAGCCAUUCUGGCCCCAAACAAGCUGCCGUUCUCACCCUGUCAACCAGGCAACUAUUCUUGCCAACAACGUUGGACAUGA